AUGCGCAUGCUAGGAUUGACGCUGCUGGCCAAUGCAUCCGUCGGCCAUGUCAAGUCCGAAAUGUGGGUAGAAAUGCCGUUAUCGCGCUGCAAUGUUUGCUCUUAUCUCGUCGCUGGAUCUGUCACUGGUAGGUAUCAGUGGAGCUACUACUUGCAGAAAGAGGAGCCAGGUGAAGACCCUGAAGUGGAUGAAGGGAAGCUCUAG